UUCUGUAACGAGGACACCGGAAUCGCGGGAGUGUUAUUAUUUUUCUUAUUGAACAAAAAUGUCAAAUUAUUUCGUGAAGCGUUGAAAGUUGUGUGUAGUGCGAGGAACUUGAGAUUUUUUAAAUAACUUGUGAAGUACAUCGGUUAUAAUAAACUAACGUCGAAGCUGUCGGCAACUUGUCUGGCGUCGACGCGGGGAGGUUAUGUUUGCGAACUUGAUCGUCCUACAAUUUACGUGUUCAGCCCUUUAAACUUUUUAAAGACAAAGUACUCGAUCUCAACGAAAAAGUUUUCGCUGAUUGGCGAUAAACUGAGAUGAAAGUUAUGGAUUCACCGAUGGAUACUGAAGAAUGUAUUGUGAUCACCCCAAAAAAGAAGAAAAUGAUACAAGGACUUUUGCCAUUUCAAACGUUGGGUACGCCAACAACUCCUAACUCUUUGUCUAAUAAAAAACGUAAACACAUGUCACCUUCACCUAGUGAAACUCGUAGCCCUAAGAUCGUUAAGGUUACGAGAACAGAGAAUUCAGAGAAUAAAAAAGUAUCGGAAGUGGGACUCGGCACGAAGGAUACAAGAGACGAAGACAUAGUAGAUAUUACAUUUGAAAAUCCUGUAGAAGAUUCGAAAAAUGAAACUGAUAAUGAAGAAGCUCAAUUGAAAGAGACAAAACUAGAUACUAAGGGCGAAACCAAGGUGGGUGACAUAACACGUUUUUUAGUAAAAGUCCGAACACCGCAGAAGAAAAAACUGAUCGUUGUUCUGAAAAGGUGCGACACGAGUGAGAAUCUAGAUAGCAAUUCAGUAGAAAUUUGUACGACCUCGCAGGACGAGAAAAAGGUGAAAAAAUUGGAGCCCUCGAAAUUUGACGAAUCGAGUAACGAGGAACUCGCGAAAGAGCUCGAAAAUUUGGAGGACGAUACCGAACGAGUUAAAUCGGACAGUUCUUCAGACGAUCAUUCGGACUCGGAUUCAGUCUGUGGAAUUUCAUCGUCGGACGACGAUACGGACGAGAGAAGGUUGAACAAAGAAAAUGAGUCUCAGGAUGAUAAAAAAAUUGUAAAUGGCACGAACUUGGACAAAACACCAACUUCUGGUGUUAAAUCUGAGAGUAAGAACAGUGCGAACAGAAAAUUGACACCAAAACAACUUGAAAAGAGAAUGAAAUCGACCAAGCGUCGUGAGGAGCAACGCAUCAAGAAACUCGAAAGAGAAAAGCAACGCGAGGAGGCGAGGUUAAUACGGAAAAAGGAAAAAGAAGCGAGGCGGCGUGAGAAGAAGGAAAAAGAAGAGGCGGAAAAAGAGCAAAAAAGAAAGGAGAAAGAGCAGAAGGAAUUGAAGAAGCAAAUGGAAAUUGAACAAAAACAGAAAGAAAAGGAGCGAAAGGACCGAGCGAAAGAAGAGGAUCGGAAAAAGCGUGAAGAGGCGAAAGAGGAAGAGAAGCGUAAGAAAGAAGAGGAAAGACUCGAGGCCGAAAGAAAGAAACAAAAAGCUGCGUCGACUUUUGCGAGUUUUUUCACUCCGAAAAAACCGGAAGCGAAGGUCGUCGAGGAAAAGAAGCCUGUACGAAUAAGCAAUUUUAUGCCCUUUCAAGUCAAAGUCGAUAUGAGAGUAGCGCCGGUUUGUCGUCGUAGUCUCAACGAAUCCGAAAAGAAAGAAUUCGAUGUGGUUUGUAUCGACAAAUUAGAUGGAACCGAACGUCUUUACGUCAAGGAAAUAAAAAGCAGAGAGAAGAGAAAAUGUGGCAAAACUUGGCCUCCGGAUUCGCACGACGACGUCACGAUCAUUGAUGAGGAUGAGAUUGGUGGUUGCGACGUAGUCAAUCUGCCCAAACCAAUGGUUGAAAAACAACGCGCGAAAUACUUGGCCUUUGCUGAGAAUCGACGACCGCCCUACUGGGGCACAUGGAGAAAAAAAAGUGCGACCAUAACACCCCGGAAACCGUUCUCCCAAGACACAAAAUGGUUCGAUUACGACGUUGAUUCUGAUGAGGAAUGGGAAGAGGAGGAACCUGGCGAAUCUUUACAUGGUUCGGAUGAUGAGAAAGAAGAGGAGAAUCCUGACGACAAUGAAUACGACGUCGACAACGAGUUCAUGGUUCCCCAUGGAUAUCUUUCUGAAGAAGAAGCUCAGGCUGACGACGACGAGGAGGACAUGUCACCGGAAACGCAAAAGUACAAAUUGAAAAUUCUCGGUGAGGAAUUCGAAGCGGAACGAAAAACUCAGCCUUCCAAGGUCAAACCUAGAGUUAUUGGCUGCGUAUGGCAAGGUCCUUCGAACGCCUAUCCCCAAAACAUGUCACAAAAAUUGGUGGACUUUCUCACAGUUCGUCAAGCAUGGGUGCAAGCAACUCCGAUAAUAUUGGGGACGGCAAACGAAGGCGAAAACGUGGAUGGUGAUGGGGAAGAAACCGCGGAAACGAGUGAGGAAAGAGAAGCGGUAAAAGAGGAAGCGGAGGAUAGGCGAGGGGGAUCGAAAAAGAAGAGACUUCCAGCGGAGGCAUUGCCUGAAUUGAUAAGACUGAUACACGGGAAUACUCACGGUGCUGGUUUUCUUGUAAAGGAAUUCAUGACGUUUUGGAACCGGAAGAAACAAGACGAUGGUGGAUCUAGUCCACUUUUGAAGUCGAGCAUUGCCCAUAAAAUCCGUGAAUUGUCGAAGUACAUGGCUUGCCCAGAAGAAGGUCCGAUGCAUUUGAAAGUUUGCUGGUACGUUUCGCCGGAAAUAAGGAAGGAGUAUCUCGGCGAUGAAAGUUUGGAAUUACCAAACAAGUGGAAUUAUGCCUUAGUACCGAAACGGAAAGCUAUUACGGAAACAGAAAAAACUACAGAGAAACCACUUAAGGAAGAUAAAGAAAAAGAGAAAGAAAAGGAGAAGGAGAAAAAAAGCGUACCUUUAAUAACGCAGUAUACGAAGAAAAUUACACAAGAAGAAAUGAAGAAACAAUUGGAUAUUAAAUCGUCGCCCAUUUCGAGCCCAAAAGCUUCGACCUCACAGACAAAACCACCGAAACGAGCUCAACUCAUAUCGGUCGCGAGAGGUCAAGAUUUUCCAAAUAAGUCUUCCAUCAUAAGUGCCUUUUCGAGAACUCAGAAUUCAAACGACCCCGAAACGGUGAAUGUCACGCCAACGAUCAUUGAUAUUUCUGAUUCAGGUGUAAUCGAAACUACCAAGACAAAAGUUGAUGAAAAAUCUGAACCAGAUGUUAUUGAUCUUGAUAGCAAUCCAUCGUUACCUACACAUUGAGAGUUAUUGGUUUUCAUAAUCUGUUCCUUUCUCUUUCUCUCUAUUCGAUAUAUCGUUCGAAACUGCUAAACAAACGAGGACAUUCGUCAAUAUUUAAGUUUCGGAGUGGACAAAAAUCGGAGACUACGCGAUACACUGCGAUCGGAUUUCCAUUGGCAUUUUUUCUUCAUCGUUCUCAAACGACUUUAUAGAAAUGUAUAUUAUUACAAAAACAAUACACAUAGUGAAGGAAAGUACGAAAUUGUCAUGGAACCUCGACAUUCCCGCAUCAACGACUUUCGGCGGAUAUAUAUUUAUACUCAGUCACACACACACACACAUCAUUCGUUUCCGUUUCAAAGAUCAAUAAGCUGUUGUUUUAAGAUAGUCUCACAAAAAAAUCGAUAAACAAACAGAUCGAGUUGUGAGUGCGAAAAAGUGCGAAAAAACCAUAAAUUUGUCAGGAUUCAUACGAAUUUCUCGGGACUAAUUAAUCGUACAUCUACGUCGUAAUUUUUCCUUCCUAUGAUAUUGCUAACUCGUUUGGAAGUGCGGAAAGUUUUUCGUUAUUCGUUAUUUUCUAUCAUUUUAAAAAUACUUUAUACGAAUAAUAUUCUCGUUGUAGGUGUAACUCAUUUUUUGAAAUAUUUUGUACCGUCGAUGUCAGUGAAUUUAUCGGAGAAUCGUUACAAUAUCGUUUUUAUAAAUAAUAUAAAUGUUAAGAAAACAAACGAAAAAAUGAAUGAAAAAUGAAUAAUGGCUUUAUAUUUUGCAGUCGUUGCAACGCGUGAGAUACGUCCUAAUCUCACAUAACUUUUUGUGAUACGUAUUUCUUCGUGGCUUCUUCUUGCUCGUAUCGUAAGAGCAGUCAAUGAAGCUAAAAAGUAACGAGAAUUAAGAAUCGGCCAAGUUAUUAUCGUUAUAAAACAUGUAUAAAAACAUUCAUAUAACGCGAAGGUUUCAAUGUUCCCACGUUAAUCCGAGUAUAAGCAAAUUUAAGUGCCUCAUACAAUAAAAACAAUAUUACUUUAAAAUACGAAA